UAACAGAGAUAACAAAGAUUUACACGAAAUUUUGCAACAGAGUAAACUUUAGUCUUUUCUGCUUUCUUUUCAUUUGCUAGGGAGGGACUGUGAGAUGAAAGGGCAGUUAUUUAGGAAGAGGGGGAGGUUGUUGUGAGGGCUGGAGGAGGGGGUGAGGACUGCAUAUAUUCUACGCUUUGCACGGUUUGUGUUACUGAUCCCUCUGUCCACCAUGGCCCCCAUCUUUCUGCUGCUCCAGGCUAUGGUAGGGGCUUUCCUAUUCCUGUACUUUCCAGAGUCGGAAGCCGUCCUGUGCUAUGAGAACUCUGACAAGGGGGUAGGAACAUGUCCGGAUGACGCUUACCUUGGGGAUGGAGUGACAGACAUCGAAUGCUGCUGGAACAUUAAAUACAGUUAUAAAACGGACGCUACUUCGCCGUGCCAGGCCUGCCGCCCUGCUAAGUGGAGUACCUGGAGUGAGUGGAGUCCAUGCACAGUGUCAUGUAAAGAAGGGAUUGAAAUAAGACGUCGAUCCUGCAUAGGGCAGGGGGAUUGUGACGGGGACGCCAUCGAGAUCCAAGCAUGCAGCCUCCAAUCUUGCUGUCCAGAGAAUGGUGGUUGGUCAGGGUGGUCUUCGUGGUCACAGUGCUCUGUCACUUGUGAACGGGGGACAGUGGAGAGGACAAGGGAAUGUAAUAACCCCCCACCUGAAUGCGGAGGGACUUGCCCUGGAACUAAGAAGGAAGUAGCGCCGUGUGAUACUCAACAAAUCUGCCCCACUCAUGGUUCCUGGGGAAGCUGGGGUUCUUGGGGUGCCUGUUCUGGUGCUUGUAUCACAGAGGGCUCUGGGAUUUUUCCUAACCAAGUGCGUCAGAGAUCAUGUAACAACCCCACUCCUUCGACCAGUCCUCCUGGAAAUCCAUGCACAGGGGACAAGCAGGAAAUUCAAGACUGUAAGACCCUUCCAUUCUGUCCAGUUCACGGAGGAUGGGGUGAAUGGAAGAAGGUCUCCGAAUGCUCAGUCACCUGUGGCUUGGGGCGAGUGAGAGAAGAGAGGGUCUGCAAUAACCCAGCACCGAAACAUGGCGGCAGAGGUUGCCCAGGAUCCCCCAUCAGACACAUUCUCUGCAACACGAAGACUGAAUGUCCCAUUGACGGAGAGUGGUCGGAGUGGCAGGACUGGUCAGACUGUCAACUGCUCGGUGAAGAAAUUCGCUGUAAGAAGAGAGCUGGGCUUCAGAGCCGGAGACGGGAAUGUUUGGGGACGAAUUAUGGGGGGAAAUGGUGCGAAGGGUCCUACAGAGAGAGCCGACACUGCUACAAUGUAGAAAAUUGUAUAAUACGUACUACCAAAUGGUCGGAGUGGAGUCCCUGGGGUUUGUGUUCUGCCCCAUGUGGUGUUUCUGAGAGGACUAGACAGAGGGUCUGUGAGCCCAUACACAAAGAUUAUCCGGACACUGUGGCAACAGCAACACAAGUUUCCGAAGUGUUUUUUCAUGGAACACCCAGGCCUCUGUGUCAACCCAUCGAUAGUCAGAAACUAAAGGUGGUGGAGAAGAUGCCAUGCCAGAAUGUGCCCAAGUGCUGAUACGGUGACAUGUCUCAUGACUGUCCACAAACCACGUCAUACCUGGACAUUACAUGUCAACGUUCGAUCCCCGAGCUGCAGACAUCUGUAUGAGCUUCCCAUGAGAAACCGGAACCGUGAGCCACAGAGCUUGUUUUAUCACAGGAAGAAAUGCCCGUCUCUCUCCUUAAUACUCAAGAUGUAUUAUAAUCACUGUAAUAUUAAAAAACCCAGAUUGUGCAAUA